AUGUCGGGCGACAUUCACCAAUGCCCUGGUCCAGUCGGCAUGUCAACAGAUGAUGUCGUAUAUCCACCCAAGCUGCCUACCUGUGGUUCGUCUCUAGCGGUCCCCGCGGACACCGGGGGCGGCGCAGCGGUGGUUUUGGUGUCGGUGGAGCGGCGGUGGUCCUUGCGGAGUGGUUACUGCGUGGGAUGUCUGCGUGGCUCGGUGGCGGAGGGGCCCUCCGUGUGCACGGGGAGUCUGUUUGUCGCCACCGGUGGGGUCUGCUCCGAUGCCGUGGCCGAGCUGGGUGCUGGGGAUCGGCGGUGCGCGAUUCCUGCAGGUCCGGAUGGUUUUCGGGGUUUUCUGGAGAGCGGCGUUGCUGGCGUGUCUGCUCUCGUGGACUCGGACGGCAUGGCGGUGAAUUUGCUCUUCUCUUCCCAACUCGACGAAGGUGCUGCGGUGAGCACUGACACACGCAACGCUAACGCCAUCAAAUGCGUGGUGAAUAAAGCGAUACGGCUGAACAGGAACCACGACUCCGUGAAGCUGAUCAAGUUCGCGGACGACACCACCCUCAUUGGACUCAUCUCCAACAACGAUGAGUCCGCCUACAGGAGGGAGGUGGACCGGCUGGUGUCCUGGUGCAGUGGUAACAACCUGGAGCUGAACGCCCAGAAGACAGUGGAGAUGAUUGUGGACUUCAGGAAGAGCACUGUCCCCCCGCCCCCACCCUCCGUGAUGGACUCCCCCAUCACCUCUGUGGAGUCCUUCCGUUUCCUGGGCACCACCAUCACCCAGGACCUCAAGUGGGAGCCGACCAUCAGCUCCCUCAUCAAGAAGGCCCAGCAGAGGAUGUACUUCCUGCGGCAGCUUAGGAAAGCCAAGCUGCCUGCGCAGAUGUUGGUGCAGUUCUACACGGCCAUCAUCGAGUCCAUCCUCACCUCCUCCAUCACCGUGUGGUUCGCUGGAGCCACAGUCAGGGACAAACAGAGACUACAGCGCAUUGUGCGCUCUGCAGAGGAAGUGAUCGGCCGCAGCCUUCCAUCGCUGCAGGACCUGUACGUCGCCUGA